GCUCAGUUUUGGAUUUGGUAACUACUAUUACUACUUUCUGUUUCGCAUUUAUCGCGUAUAUCGUAAAAUUUUGACAGAAUUAUUUUCCUUUGAUUGAAGUAAAAUGGCAACAGACACGAGAAUACCAACAGUUGCUGCAGAGGAAGUAGACUUAACAUCAAUUCGAGUUGUUGUUAUUGUACCAGAGUUAACCAUGAAGAAAUCCCUAUUUUCUAAGGAACCUGCCAAAAACUGUCAAGUUAAUGUAAAACCAAAUGCAAGAACUCUAGAGGUCACUGUUGAUAUUGAAGAAAAGGGUGGCAAAGUGAUCAAAUAUGCCUAUAAAGCCAACAAGCUGCCCGGCGACAUUGAUCCUGAUGGCUGUAAGACUGAGUACAAGAAAGGACAGGUCAUAAUUUUUCUGAAGAAGAAGGAGGAGACAUCAUGGGCCGUGCCCCUGUCUAAGAAUGGGCUGGACCAGGACCCUGACGCCUAGGUACGAGGGGUGGGGGGAACCAGUCUACAGUCAACACAGAGGGAGAAUAUUGAUUGUGAUGGGAACGCUGAAUGUGAUAUUGUCAGCUGUGCCUAAAUGUAAAACCUGCUGAGCUGACAUUUCCUAAUGCUAUGCUUCAUUUGUUUCCUGAAAAUAUCAACCUAUUAACUUGUUGAGCUGAUUUUUUUUACAGCGGUGCUGCAAUUUGUUUUAUAGCAAUAUUGGUCCAAUGCAUCUUUGUGCAUUCUGUAGAUAUCUUUUAAAUCCGCGCCUUUUUCGCACAGUAACUGAAAAUCUCCACCUUUUUAUCUUAGUAAUCAUUUAUCUUCACAAUGUACAUGAAAAUGUAGAUGGGAGUAGUGGUGAAUGGCUUGUAGACAGUAUUACCUAGACAACUAGACACGUGUAGGGACAUCUUGUCAACCACCUAAUGAAUUUGUUCCAAUAACAAUAAACUAUGUAAAUAAAAACGACAAUUCAACCGUAAAUUUUUUUCUCCACUUGAUAAUCUUUUAUGAGGAAAACAAUCUUUAGAGUGCAAUAUUAUAACGUACCUAUGUCACAAGGUGUGUGUUUAUCAAUUAUUGUAUAUCUAAAAAAUUUGUUCAGAUUUUUUGUUAUAACUUGCGGAUUAUUUUGAAGCAUUUUAAUUUUUUUCUUUACAGUCUUUGUUGUUAGUAUACAAAUGUAUUCCUUUUGAUUUUUUUAUACGUAUGUUUAUAUUUUAACAUUUUAUAAGAGUUGUCUUCAUUAAAGUAAAUUAUGUAAAAUAGUUUAAUGUGUUUUGAAAAAUAAAGAAUAUCAAAAAUAUAA